GCUGCGAUCGCCGGCCGCUCCAGGAAGGCUUGAGUCGGAGAACACGCGGUUUGCCCCAGGCGCUUGCUGGUGCUCCAUCAGCGGACGCAGCGCUGAAGGUGCCAUCAUCUGCAUCUGGCGUUGCGGGCGCAGCAGACCCGUCACGAUCCUCGUCCUCAGGGUCUCCGUUUUCAAACAGCCCGAGAGGCGAGCAGCAG